AGUUUGUUUGUUUGCGACAUUGAAUAGAUGCAUUCAAUUAUUAAUGCUGUCAAAAGAAUAGAUGUAUUUUCCAUUAAACGAAAUUAUAGAAGACAAACCAUGCCGAAAUCUAAGAAAAGUGCAGCAGCUCAGAAAGUAAAAGAAACUCCAAGCAAGGAAAUGAAAUAUGCAGAAAAAGGAGCUGUAUUCCUUCUCAAUGAAAAAGAAAUUGCCAUUAAAAUACAUGCUAAACCAGGUGCCAAAGAAAGUCUUAUAACAGAUGUUGGAACUGAGGCUGUUGGAAUACAAAUUGCUGCUCCUCCUGUUGAUGGGGAAGCAAACAAAGAGCUUGUACGCUACUUAGCUGAAGUAUUAAACUUAAAGAAAAGUGAAGUUACAUUACAGAAAGGUUCUCGAUCAAAGGAGAAAACAGUUACAAUAUAUGAAGCUGCUUUGUCUAUAGAUAACAUUAUUGAGAAGCUGAAAGCAAUUAGUAAGCAGUAAAAAUAAUAAACCAUAAAAUAAUGAAAGACAGACUCAGGAAGUAUCUCUCUACAGGAUGCCUCAACUUCCUGUUCAUUAUCUCACUUUUUUUUUCCCUAACAUAUGGAAAUGACCAAAUGUGAAAUGUAUAAUUUAGAAUUCCCUAAAUCAGUGAAACUGUA